AUGAUUCACUCAAUUUGGCAUUCAUUUCUUCUCAGAAAUCCUCUGGAAUCAUAUGAAGAAGCCAUCAAAGUCCCCUUGACUACUACCUCCUUUGAGGAGGAGAUUUUGAUUGUGGUUCUGAAUCGUCUCGGAUUCAGAAAAAGGACUCAUAGUAACUACAAUAUAUUUCUACCCUGUCCGUUGGGAACAUUUUCAAACUAUACCUUGUUGACUUUGGAACCAAGUAUGGAGAUAUGCAUAGAUUGUCCUCCAGGUAUGUUGUACUUGAUUCCAGAGAACAUUAUCGAGACUUCUGGAAUUCCAAAAAAAGGUUUCCUCAUUAAUUUAGCAGUCUGGGCCACGAUGACAGGCAAUUUUCCCCUUGGCCUGAUAUCAUUUAAGAGAGCCUUAGUGCAAUAUUCAAAACUGACUCCAGCCCAAAUGUAGGCACCCAAUAGUAAUUGAAAAUACAAGUAUUUGUAAAUAUCUUGUUAAAAGAAGAGGACUAACAUAUAUAUAUAUAUAUAUAUAUAUUCUGCUCUGCUUCAACGUAUUGAGCACUGUUCCACGCGAAAAUCGACUUGCAGACUUCCUAUAUAUAUGUAUGUAUAUAUAUAUAUAUAUAUAUAUAUAUGUGUGUAUAUAUACAGACUGAAAGUUAGGGCCAGAUGUAUUAUGUUCGAGAAUUCGAGCAUUAUGCUCCUAAACGUCACACCCGAAAACAUAGCAUUAUACCCAAACAUUUGCUGUUGAUCUGGCAUUAUACCCCUUGUAAUAACUCAAUGUAAGGGUUUUUGAGAGCUCUUCAACAAAAGAAAUUAAAGAAAAGUACUAUCACAGUGACUAUAAAAGUGAUAGAAGCGCAAUUUUUACGCGUUUGUGCUCGACUUUUAGUCAUUAUGUUCGUCAGAGCCAUGAGUCCUGUGAUCUUCUCUUUUCAGGUGGUUUUUACUCCGAUAGCCUCGCUUUCGUGAGUAAAGGUUGUAAGAAAUGUCCAAACGGUUCUUACGUUGCAUACGACAAGAAACCUGGAAAAUCAGUAUCAGACUGCAAGUCGUGUCCCCACGGUCAGCUCUAACUAACGAUUUCAUACCUUUGAAUUUAGUUCUCGGAGGCAAACGUUAAAAGUUACAAAUUGUUGCCUUUCCGAGAUUUUCAAACUAUUUCAAGUGUCAAAAGGUGGACAAGUUUGAAUAGGAGACGAGUGUACGUAAAACCUUUUCACUUGCUGCCCCAAUAGUUCUUGCUGAUAAAUUUUUACCGGGUUAAUGUAAGUCAUACACUCAUUCGAAGAUAAUUGCGUGAUUUAACACCCAGUCAAAGCCAUUUCUAUGAUAAGAAUGUGUAAACUACCCGCCUACAAUCAAGCCCAACAAAGGCCAAAAGUAAAAUGCAAAAGUCAAAGUUGACAAUAGAACAUAGGGAGAAGGUGAGAUGAAGCAAACAAGUUUAGCUUCAAGAAAUGACUUAAAGGUCUGUAUAGCGUCGAAAGUCUUUGGUUGUGAAUUUGUGUUACGUUGUGAGUUCAGUUCAACCCUUUACUGAGGUGAGGUCUCAAACGAGAACGAAAACAUAAACACUAUAGCAAUCAUAUUUACCUUUAAUAGGAACUGAGACUGACUAUUUUGCUGGAUACCGAGCUUGUCCAUGCCUGGAAGGUCAUUAUCGGACCCAUUUGUUCGAGGAAUGCCGCAAAUGUGGCGAAGAUGGACUUGUCUGCCACGAUGAAUAUGCCUCUUUGAAACCUGGUUAUUGGUGGGAGUGGCGUAACGAUUCUUACAAACGUCGUUAUCAAGAUUUUAUAAAAAAUCUCAAUGCAUCUUUACCAGCACUAGAUGAGAAUUCCGUACAGUAUCCUUAUGCACUUCCAACGCCGUACAGGUGCCAAGUACUAGAGUCCUGCGAAGGCGGAUUGGACUCACUCUGUGCAGAUGGAUAUGAGGGACCAAUUUGUGCCGUAUGCAGCUCAGGAUACUACAAGCAAUUCCACAGCUGCAAGAAAUGCCCAUCAAAAUCGUGGAUCGUGGGACAAUUGUCUCUUGUGGCUGCGAUUUUAUUAAUGACAUUUACCCUUUUGACACGGAAAAGGAAAACGAAGCUUGGAAUGGACCAUGGUCACAAUCUUAUAGACACAUUCCUAUCCAAACUUAAGAUCUUAAUCGGUUUUUACCAAGUCACUUACGGCCUACUAGACGUUUUCUCCUAUAUCAGCUGGCCAGGUUCGUUAAAGGGUGUUGCAAAGUACUCAGAAGUGCUACAACUAAAUUUGCUUCAUAUAGCACCUGCUCACUGCCUUUUUCCAGAAUUACGCGCGAAUGCAUUUGGAGACUUGUUUGUGAUCUUGUCAUUCACGGCAACCGCCACUGCCGCUUCUGGUGUGUUCUACGGUAUUCGUAAGAGAAUCAUCUUACAAAAUAAAAGCCUGGAGGACGAAGAAAAACUAGCCAAGAUCUCAGAGAUAAAAGGAGUCGUGUACAAAAAUGUCUUCUUUGUCCUCUAUGUGACUUACUUGAGUACGUUCUCCAAGACAGCCAGCGUUUUACAACUUGCUUGCCGGAAAGUCUGCAGAGACAAAAAUGAAAAGUUGUGCAACGAGUACCUUAAAGCAGACUACAGCGUGAAAUGCCAAGGCUCAACAUAUAACCACCUGCUAAUUGUUGCAUACAUUUCCACUGCGUACAUCUUAACUCUACCCGUUGCUUCAUUCAUCGCCCUUUGGAAGCAUCGGCGAGCAAUAUCAACCACGGCAGACGGUGACGUUUCAGACGUUGGCACGGAACUUGUUGAAGGACUCCGUUUUCUAUUUGAAAACUACAAACCACAUACGUGGUACUGGGAGCUAAUUGAAAUGUCUCGAAGAGUGGUUUUAACAUCCGGCCUUAUUCUUGUGGGUCAUGAAAGCAGGUCCUACAUUGGUCUGGCAUGGGUCGUAGCUGGUGUGUAUGGAAUUCAUUUCUCCUGGAUGAAACCCAUACAGGACCCAUUCGAAAACAGAUUAAUGACGACCUCCCUCGCCGUUACAGUUGUCAACUUGGGUAUCGGUGCUGUGAGCAAAAUUCCAGCAGAGAACAUAUCUGACGCAGUGGAUAAAGACAUGGAUGCUUUGACAAUGAAGAUACUGAUUCUAGGUGCAAAUACUCUUGUAAUUGGCCUUCUUGUCGGUAAGUACUGAUAAAUUGUUUAUGAUCAGUUUGAGCAAAGUACUUAAGAGAGGAUGUCAGCAUCCAUCGAACAAAUUUGAAAUAUUGUGGCAAGUCGCCCAAAAUUCGUUUUCUCUCCUACUUUCAUGUUUUGUUGCCCAACAUGUUCUAAUAAUUGUGGUGUAGUUUUUUUGCGAAAAUAUAUUUUCGAGAAAUGACUUUUUUCGUUCCACCGCUCAAAUAUGCAAAUUUUCACCGUGAAUAUUACCCGAGUUGUCUGACCUCAUGUAACGAAUGUACUGGACCUACGGUAUUUCUGUGAACAUAAUCUUUUGUUUUAUCAUCUAAACUUAAUCCCCUGUCGUUAUUGAAGCUGCCAAGGAAAUAUUUAUUUUUUGGUGAAUAUUUUUGUCCGACAUACUUUUCCUAUGUCGAAAAGUAGCAUCAAAACAAAGACAGUUUUAACAAUGACCGAUAUGACACAAUCUCCUGAGCUUCAAGCUUUUAAAAGACCAAAGGAUGGUUAUAAAGUUACUGUAAAAAUUUCCUUGUGUAUUUGUGUUGUUCUAUCUUGAGACGAACUCAAAGUCCGGCAAAAAUUACUUGAUAGCGACUAUGAAAUGUACAUGGUGCGCCUACUUGUCGCCACCGUUAAUUGGCAUAAAUCACUAACUCUUACCUUGUUUAUUUAUGAUUUUAUUAGCCGCUUCCAUUAUUAUAUUACGUCUGGGUAUUACUUUUGACAGGAGUUCAGGUUUUGCGUUGUGUUUUCCCCUCCCUCAUUUAUAUCAUGAGCUAGUCACGCAAUAGUUGAUACCGACACAAGUGAAUAUUUACCAUCUAUAAAGAUUUUUGUCUACGUUGAAUUGAAAAUAUUAAAAUAUGUGCUUUCUUCACUAAUCGUUGUUUCAGCGGCAGCGAAGCAGUUAAAAGCGGGUUGUUGCUUCAACGCUACUGAAAUUUUUAGUAUUCGAGCUGAACAAUCUUUAUUACCAGAAAUUACUAUUGUCAGAAAAACUUUUUAUGAUUUGAAUUUUAUUUUCUUUACCAUCAGUUCAAUACUAUGUGUACGUAUAUCAGUAUUUAAAAGAGUGGCGCAAGAACCCACGGUGGUCCUUUUCCUGUUGCUUGGCGUUGGUUCUUCCUCUCAAUGAUUUGCAGGGGGAAAUUCGCGGUAUGGUUGGAAAGAACAUGCUUAAAGCACAGCUUCAAACAGUUAUGAUGGGAAAACCUUCCAUUAGUGCCUGCGCAAAAGAGAGUGGAGCAAUGAGUUUCAAUCUAUCUCGAGGAGAAGUCGGUAGAGAUGAUGCAAAUACGGCAGAAUUCCAUGAGGUACACUUGAAGAAAAACAAACACCAGCAGUGCCACCAAACUAUCAAGUGUGACCUUGGUACGCAGACAGAGGUCACUAUGCCAUCA